UGGGUUAAUCGAGGGAUUAAUUGAUUAAAUCGAACCCUGUGCUUGAUCAGAACUUUACUUUAUCGAUCAAUGCAGUCAUAGUUGAUUGAUUAAGAAGCUCGCUUUGCAACCAUGUGGAUUCAGAACCCACUACGUGGCACCUUUGUAAGCCUAUUGUGUGUGUGUGUGUGUGUGUGUGUGUAGAGACGCGUGGCCUAGUGGUUAGGGUGUCAGCAUCAUGAUCGUAAGAUUGUGGUUUCGAUUCCUGGACCGGGCGACGCGUUGUGUUCUGGAGCAAAACAUUUCAUUUCACGUUACUCCAGUCCACUCAGCAGGCAAAAAUGAGUAACGCUGCGAUGGACUGGCGUCCCGUCCAUCUGGGGAGCACAUACACCAUUGAAAUCGGGAAACCUGGCCCAUUAGCUUGACUAGGCUUUAAAAGGGUUCUUUUUUUUUUAUUUAUGUAUGCAUGUACGCAUGUAUGUAUGUAAGUAUGUAUGUAUGCAUGUAUGUAUGUAAACAACGGUCUUUCCGUUUCCGUCUACCAAAACCAAUCAGACGGUUCGGUUUGCCUGGAGCUAUGAUAAAAGAUAUAUGCUCAAUGUUCCACGCAGUGGGAUAGAACUUGGAACCUUCAGGUUGGGAAGCAAGCCUCUUACAACACAACCACCCUCGAUAUUUUUUAUUACCCCUUUUUCCUCCUCCAGGUAACUCCUCUUCGAUGGUGGCCGCUAUUCCGAGAUAGCUUUGUGUAUCUUAUCUCUAUCGUUGCCCUGGUGUUGGCUCUCAUGAACGAAACAAUUAAUUGGUAUGAAUCGGUUGCUCUGCUAUUCAUGUACGCCUUCUACGUAACGAUCAUCUUCUUCAACAACCCCUUAGAGGUGAGGGCAUACGCCAUCAUUGAUGCUAUCCUGAAGACAGAUUCGUCAGGCGACAACGAGAAACAGUUUUUGCUUGAUUCAGACGAGAACAAGCGGGUGGUUUACACAGAGCGGGACGCAGCCGAGGUCAGUGUAGAAGUUAUACCCGGCAAGAACAGGCGGAAACAAACGGGUAGCUCUAACCACAGCAGCAAUUCAUCUGUCGGCAGUUCGGACAUGAGGCGCUGGCAAGAGAGUAUUAUGUCCAGUUCAUUAGAAAGUCUCCAUGUUGAUCCGUUGACCUUCCCAGAAAGCACUUGGAAGCGCUGUCUCUGGUUAUGGAUGCUUCCCAUUAAAAUAGUAUUAUACUUCACAGUGCCAGACUGUAGGCGGCCAAUGUGCUUCCGCUUUUGUGUAUGUACGUUUAUCGUGUCCAUUAUCUGGAUCGGAAUCUUCUCCUAUCUAAUGGUCUGGGUUGCUACAUUAACAGGGGAUAUUUUUGAGAUCCCAGAUACAGUUAUAGGUUUCACCAUCCUAGCUAUGGGAACCAGCAUGCCAGAUUGUAUAGCAAGCAUUAUUGUCGCCAAAGAUGGUUUCCUCGACAUGGCCAUAUCAAACACGAUCGGCAGCAACAUAUUCGAUAUCCUCAUUGGUCUCGGUUUCCCCUGGCUGCUCCAGUCAGUGGUCAAUGACAAUAAAGGUGUGAUCGUAUACAGCAGGGGCUUAACUUACUCUUCUCUCACACUGCUGGGCACUGUUUUCUUCUUCUUCGUCUCUCUAAUGUUGUCUGGCUGGAGGUUAACGCGCCUCCUGGGUUUUAUUUUUUUUGGUAUAUACACCACCAUCAUCGUCCUGUCAAGCCUCUACGAAAUGAAUGUAUUCGGGCCAUUGAACCUUCCCGCAUGUCCACGCAAGGAAUAAUACUUUCAAAACGAUAGCUCUCCUCAUUAUCAUCAAAACAAGGAAAAGGGAUUACAAACAUUCGAUUUUCUUUAAAAAAAGUAAUAAAAAACAGAAGCAAAGAGGACGGAGAAUCGAAAUAUAUAUACAUAUACACACACACACGUACAUACAUAGAUAUGCAACUAUAUGCAUGAGAAUACAUGCAUAAAAUAAAACAUACAAAUCUUUGGACUGCAGCCAUGUUGAGGCACCGCAUUCAAGAGUUUAAGCGGAUAAAUUGACCCCAGUACUUCUGUUUUUCUUUUUGUUUUCAAAUCUGAUAAUUAUUCUAUCGGAUCACUUUUGCCAAACUGCAAAGUCACGAGGACAUAAAAGUGAGUUGAAGGUCUUGCGCACCACGUUUUGUAUUCAGCGAGCGAAAGAGUGAAUAGUAUAACCAGUGGCUGUGAUUCUCGACUGGGGAUUGAUUGAUCAACCACACCGAAGGCCAAAAAUAAAAAGCAACAAAAUAAAGAAACCCUCAAAAUGCAGGUUUUUCUCAUCCUCGCUAUAUUUGACUCCACUCAAAGCAAUUCUCAUGCCCAUCACAUGCCAUUCCAACAACCCACUGUUCUUUGUUAUCGAUGAGGCCCUGGUAGGUUUCCAAUAUCCUAACAUGUUUACCAAUAUGCUAAUAUGUCAAACCAGUCUUCUCCUUUCCCACCUAUUUAUUUUUCAGCUGGAAAUGAGCAUUUUUAGCCAGUGUAUAUAAACAGCUUCAACAAUUUUAUGUAUAUAAACAGCUUCAAUAUUUUUUAUAAAAAGUCGCCCGAACAUUGGAAUAAUGAAACUUCGGUAGCGACUUGUAAAAAAAUCCAAACCUUGAAUAAAAUUUAUUCCACUUCUC